CUGUUGAUUCGGUGUUCGUUUGGUGCAUUGAGUAGGAUCUGGCUUUAGAAGAAUGACGGGAGCUCCGCCCUCGAGUGGUUGUUUUCAGUGCGGCUCUAUGCAUCACUGGGUCCGUGAUUGUCCCAAUCGUCAGUUUGUCAACAGGCCGCCGGCUACUGGCGCUAAUGCCGUACCGACGGGAGGAGCGCUCUUGGCCCUACCUGCUCUAAAUCCACCUUCCUCAUCUACUGCUCCGUCGAAUUCGUAUGCUGCCGUCACAUCGAACCCUCCAUCGGUCACUGCGCCAGGCAAUUUCAACCAUGGUAAUCAGGGGAGACCGAACUGGUGGACUCGGAACCAGGAGCGGCUGGACAAGGUCUAUAAUAAGUAUGUGGAGGAUAUGGAGAAGGAAGCGAGUCAGAAAGCAGAACAAGAGAAGGAGAGGGUAAAGAAGGAAGAGGAGGAGAAUAAGUUACUAUGGAAGAAAGAGAGAGAACAACUCGAAGUGGAGAUGGGGCCCCGUCUGGACAAAAGGUUCGAAGCUUUGGGAUUAACUAGAAGCAAGAAGACUGAUGGGGUGACACCUAAUGGGGGUGUGGUUGAUGAGCUACUACGACUGCGAAAAGAGAAUGAAGAGUUAAGAAGUAAAAUUGGCGCAUGGAACGGGCAAUCGAACGAUGAAAAGGUGCGACUUCUACAAAAUGAGAUUCAGGAGCUUCGGCGUCAAACCUCCAAUCAGCAGACUAAUGAAGAUACUAUUCUGGCUUUGAAAACGGAGAUAGGUGAGCUGAAGCAGUCAGCAUAUGUGAAGACUAACUUUGAGCAGGAGAUAGUUGGGUUGAGAAUGAAAAUCAGCACGCUGCGAGGGCAGAAUGAGGCUAUUAUGGGUGAGGUUAAUCAGUGGAAAUCAGAAGCGUUGUGUCCAGGUAACAAAAGGGGAAGCAUCGCUGUCGGCACUCCGGAGCCAGCGGACCGAGGGACUCCGAAGCCCCGGUCGACUGAUAAUCUGCGUGAAGCAGAUAAAUGGAAAGAUGAGUACAAUAAUCUGUGCAAUCUCCACCGAAUAGCUAAUCUCGAGGUUGACGCCAUUAAGAAGAAGAGGGCUGAGGCGGAGUUGAAGAGGAUGGAAGUAGAGAAGCAAGUGAAGGAGUUGGAGGAACGGAUGAGUGAACUCACUGCUAGCGGAGUCAAGACGAGAGGUGGAGGCACCAACCUCAAGGAACGGUUGGAGGAGGUGGCGGUCCGUUCCACGAGAAAAGGUCAAAAAGCGACUCCCAUGAGAUUUGGGGGUGUCUCUGCAGUGGGGAACAGAAAAACGACGGAGGGGAACAAUCGUGCAGAAUAUAUUGAGGAACAGAAAAGCAGUUAAGACUGCUCCGGAAAGCGGGGUUAGAAGUGUACUGUCGAGAGGAGGGCGUCAAAGUGGGUAAAUUCGAGGACACGAUA